AGCGGCAUCUUAAAGCCCAAUGUUGUAAAGAAUAGAAAGCCCUAGUUCCCGCCAAUAUUAUUGGCGCCAUUUCACAUUUCAGCAAUAUCCAUAUAAUAUCACUAUUUUACGCUCUCAUUUCUUCUUCACAACUUUCUAUCUUUACUCUCAAAUCUACAUCUAUAGCCGAAACCAACGAUUCACAAUCAGUUUCUGGAAGACUUGUGUGGCACCUUGGAGUUAUAGUAAGACUCGUGCUAUAUUUUAUCCUUCAAUAGGCAUUUGCAGUUCCACCAACAGUUCAUGAACUUGAGUCAAACCUGUUAGACAAUGGAGCAAAGGAGUCGCAGCAACUUGCACUUUAUCCAAAUUACGAGGAAAGGUUUGAGAGUAAAGGUCCCUAAUGUAGAUUCUCACGGAAAGCCAGCUUUAGUGUUCAAGAAGUUAAAAGACAUCUAUGAUACUGGAUAUGUUAAGUGUGAAGGCGAAUGUCUGCCUGUGGUAGACAGAACAUUACUGGCAAUAGAACCUGAAAAUAACAAAUUUGGUUGCUGUGCUGACGAUGAAGUAAGCAGUCAGUCAGAUGAUAAGUCAGAUGAUUAUAAUUUUGGAGAAAUAACAUUGAAACAACUCAAGGAUAAAUGCAAAUCCAAGAAAAGGAAGCUUGCUACUCCAAGUCCUACUUCGACUUGUCCAAAGCAGGCUAAUGGAUGUUAUCUUCUAGAGGAAGAUGACGAUCUAAAAGUACCCCUUAGUUCUUUGAAGUCGGGGAUUUCCAAAAAGGCAAAGGGUAAAAGAAGGUGCACCAACAGAAAUCUCUUUGCAUCUCCGAAAGAGCCUGUAUCAAUUAAAGUUGAAGAGGUUUUGGAGCCUGAAGUUUCUCUACAGCUCAGAAGUGUUUUGCCUGUAGUGGAAGAUCACAUAGCUGAGACUACUGAAUCUGAGUUCUCAGUGCGCCGAAACUCAGAUUCCUCCAAUUGCUCCUCUAAUAUCCAGAUGGUUAGCAAACUGGAUUCUGUUACAAUUACAUGUGGUGAAUUUCCAAAUGUUGUUGACUCUGAGGAAAACACACCGGUUUUGUUUGAUGAAGAACAGCAGAUUUGUUCUCUUAACCAGAUUUCCAAUGAUUACUUGGAACAUGUAGAAUCUCAAUAUGUUUCCUCAGCUAGUGAAGUGCUUGCAGAGGUAAAUAAUCAGGAGGACAAAUGUAAUAGAGAAAACAGUCAACAAGAGUUGUUUGCUCCAGCAAGGUCUACAGAAAUAGUAGCAGCAGCAAAUGAUCAGAGUUUAGACAUGUAUGACUGCCUGAGGAAUUGUUCUGAUACGGGCAAGAGUUCUGAUCAGAGUACCAAUAAUGUUGUGUUUCCAGUUACUGAGGCAGCGGUACUUAAUAGCACUACCAGUGCCAGUCUUCAUUAUUCAGACGAUGUUUGCAUGUCUGGAGAUGGAGACAAGGAAGUUUUGCUUUCAAAUCAGAAGAUUAGUUCAGUUGAUGGCCCUGUUGACAAUUGUAUCUCAUUGUGGAAUUUGCAAACUUGCUCAGGUAGUGACAAUUGUUUGCAAUCCUUGGACAAAAGUAAUGACAAGGAGCAGCGAACAGAUUGUUGCUUUACUGAUGCAGCAACUAGUUGUUUGAUUUCCGGAGAUUGCUUGGAUGAUGAAAAUCAGCCUCUGAAAUCUUCAAGCAUUUCCGAUGAAAGAAAUACGACGUUACGCAGUCCACCACCGGAUGUUGUAGAUCAGAUCUCAUCACCAGAGCUGUCACCGCCUCCUGAGAGACUUCUGUCGACACGAAAGGCUAUUUCUCCAUCCUCUCAAGAGCGACUUUGUUUGGCUAUGAACUCCAUAGACUUAAUUGAUGACCUGGAGAACUACAAAUGUGAAGAGAAGCUCACUUUUGCGGGACAUGAGGAUUCUGAAAGAUCUCCUGAUGCUAGGCUUAAUCAGGCGAAAGUUUUUAUAGGCCCCAAGCAGAUCGCUAGGAGAUUGAAGAUUGCAAAACGAAGUUCCCCUCCAAAAGGCAAUCUAGUAAAACGAAGUUCCCCCCCGAAGGGCAAUCUAGAAGGUCCUCGUCUUUCUCGUUCUCUACCUCAACUUAGCACUGGGUGCACCUCCAUUAAACGUUGUUCAGAGAGUGCUAUAGCAUUUUCACAGCGACAGAUGCAUGAUAUUGAAUCUUUAACAUCGAAGCUUAUGAAUGAAUUGAAGUCCAUGAAGGAUAUGGUAGAAGAAAAAUUACUCUUUGAAGCAUAUCGAACCAGUUCUUUGAAGAAUGAUGCUGACGAGGUGAAGACUGCCAUAAAAAGUGCAACGAAAGUUGAAGAGACAACACGAAAGUGGUUGUCCAUGAUGACUAGGGAUUGCACCAGAUUCUGUAAAAUCAUGAAAUUGAGUCAAAAUGGCGUGACUGAUUCCAAGAACUCAGUCCACAGGGAGGGGAGGAAAAUUUCUUUUGCUGAUGAAGCUGGUGGUGUGCUCUGUCAUUUCAACUAUUUUGAGGACACCGACCCAACUUUGGAAUCUGAUAGUGUACAACAAGAAGACAUCUGAGGCCUCUACUUUCACCUUUUGGCGAUAUCUCAAUUUCUUGCUUUACGAUGGAUUAUUGUGUAUCUUCCUGAUUGAUUAUGUCCAAUAAUGUAACAUGAAAGAAUUAGUUUGUCUAUUGUGCAGAACCUAAUACCUUUUAAGAUAA